AGCGCCUUUCAUACCCAAGGUCGCUUUACAAGGAAGAACAGAACAGAAUUUAGUAAAGUAAAAAGCAAAACGUAUAAACGCCUCGCAGACAAUCUUCCAUUUACUGGUUUAAGAUACUCACAGGAUUCACAACAGGACGUUUAAAUAUCAUUGGCUACUGCUCACCGAUCUGCCGUUCAUAGUGGAAACGCCCCCUCUGUAACUCUAGCUGUGAACCAGAGCCAUGUGAACUACUCCUGUUGUAAUCGGACAUGAAAACAAAACAGACCUGUCAGCACUGAGGUCUCUGCAGCCUGAACUAUUUAAAGGAAGAAGAUGAUUGUCCUCACCCCACUGUUCCUCUUCCUCUCCUCCUGUGUCUCUGGAACAUUUGUAGUGAAUGUGACUCAGACUUCCUAUCAGGCAGAGGAGAACCAGAACAUCACCUUGGAGGGGACCUUCAGCUCCAGAACAGACACUUCUCUCAGAUCCAUUUAUAUCUACUGUGAGCUGUCUACUGAGAGCAGACCCUACGUCCUGUUUCAUCUAUACAAAGGUGAUGAACUCCCAGAGUCUCAGGAUCCACAGUUUGCAGGACGAGUCCAGUGGGACAAAGACGUCCUCCCAGAAGGACGCCUCACAUUUCAUGUCUCCAGACUCAGGACCAAUGACUCUGGGUUUUAUGUGUGUGACAUCCUCGUCAGACCUGAUGGGAGUAACUAUAGGAGAUGCUGGCUCAACGUCACUGCUGCUAAAGAGCUCGAACCUCAGAGACCAUCAGAGAGUCCACAUGCAGAGAGUCUGAGAGGACUCUGGCUUAUCGUUGGAGUUUCAGCAGCUCUUCUGAUUCUCUUUUUCGUCACUAUUGCCUGCAUUGUUUUAUUAAGAGCUAAUAGAAGAACCCACAAUGCAGCCAUACAGAUGGAGAGUUCAUCAGAAAAACAAACCAUCCGGACUAACAUGUCUCCGUCGGAAUCUGAGCAUGAAGUGAGACUCUCCAACAUCUGAUUCAAGAGUCAGAAAAGAGCUCAGUGUAACCUCUGUAAAGUGUUUUUAUACUUAUUUAUUGUUUUAUCAUUGAGCUGUAAGGUCAUCAAACCAUGCUGCAUUUAAUGUGCUUUUAGAAAUGUUAGACAUUGUAAAGAAAUCCCUUUUUAUUUACUUUUGUACUUAUU